AUGGCAAACCUCAUUCCAGACGAUGUGGAGCAGAUGCACUCGGUGAAGAUCGACUACGUGUCCACGCGCGUUGAGAAGGAAGACCUGGAAAAACUCUUCGGCAAGUACGGUCGAGUUGGUGAUGUGUAUCUCCCAAGCCACCCGAACGGCGACAGAAAGGGCUUCGCCUUUGUCCGCUUUUACAACAAGCAGGAUGCGGAGGAUGCAGUGAAAGAGAUGGAAGGUUAUGAGCUCGAAGGCAAAACCUUGAAAUGUAUGCUUGCAACCGUGCAGAAAGGCCGGUUCAACCCCAACGUGCGAAGGAAUCCUCCACGGUCCAGGUCCCGAUCCCGCCGGGGCCGCCGCGACUCGCGAGGGAGAUCCCGGCGGAGAGAUGAUUCCCGCGAUCGCCGAGACUCCCGGACGCGAAGGAGGUCACCCCGGCGUGACUCCAGGCCCAGGCAGCCUCCUCGCAGAGACGACUCGAGAGACAGCUACAGGCGCCGCUAG